AUGGAGCCAGCUGGCUCCCUCCCCAACACCUCCAGUAACAGCAGCAGCACCAGCAGCACCCCACACUCGCCCCUGGCCACGGGGCUCAUCCUGUUGGCUGCCCUGGCUGUCCUGCUGGCCACACUGGUGGGAAACACGCUGGUGGUGGUGGCCAUCUCCACCAGCCGGGCCCUGCAGGCACCGCAGAACCUCUUCCUGGUGUCCCUGGCCUCGGCGGACAUCCUGGUGGCCGUCCUCGUCCUGCCCUUCUCGCUGGCCAACGAGGUGAUGGGCUACUGGUAUUUCGGCGGCCUGUGGUGCAGCCUGUACCUGGCACUGGAUGUGCUGCUCUGCACGGCUUCCAUCGGGCAUCUCUGCGCCAUCAGCCUCGACCGCUACUGGGCCAUCACCCGGGCAGCCCGACUCAACCUGCGCCGCAGCCCCAGGAGGGUGAAGGGGAUGAUCGGGGUGGUCUGGGCAGCAGCCACCCUGGUGGCACUGCCACCCCUCCUGCAGGCCCGGCCGGGGGGACAGGAGUGCCAGCUGAGCCAGGAGACAUGGUACGUGCUGGCCUCCUGCGCCGCCUCCUUCUUCGCUCCCUGCCUUGUCAUGGUUGCCGUCUACUGCCGCAUCUACCGCCGGACGGCCGCCCUCCUCGCCGCCCGAGCCCCAUGCCCUGAGAAGCAGGGGCCAGGGGUGGGCACACGGGGCUGGCGGCACCAGAGCCAGCACCAGAGUACGUCGCUGUGCCAGCAGCGGCUGGCGCGGGCGCGGGAGCGGCGUUUCACCCUCGUGCUGGCCGUGUUGAUGGGCACCUUUGUGCUGUGCUGGUUCCCCUUCUUCUUCACCUACAGCCUGGGGGCCAUCUGCAGGGAGGGCUGCCACAUCUCCAAGCCCCUCUUCAGCUUCUUCUUCUGGAUUGGCUACUGCAACAGCAGCCUCAACCCUCUCAUCUACACCCUCUUCAACCGGGACUUCCGUGCCGCUUUCCGCCGGCUCCUUGCUGUCCCCCACUGGCACUGCACCUAG